GUUAUCACGGUUUGGUUUCUAUGAGAUUGUACGAUUUCUACGCUGAGGUUGGUGUGGUGUGUGUUGACCUUUUGUUCACAUUCUGUCCGCAGGGUGAUCAGCUACGAGUGUUGCCCUGGUUACGAGAAGAUGCCCGGAGAAAAGGGUUGCCCUGCUGCACUCCCCCUGGUGGACAUAUACAACACCCUGGGCGUGGCCGGGGCGUCCACCACCCAGAUGUACACCGACAGGGCCAACCUGAAGGAGGAGAUCGACGGCCCGGGCAGCGUCACCUUCUUCGCCCCCAGCAACACAGCCUGGUCCGCCCUGCCCCAUGAGAUCCUGGAUGCUCUGGUGAGCAACGUGAACAUCGAGCUGCUCAAUGCCCUCCACUACCACAUGGUCGACCGCAGGCUGACCAGUGAGGACCUCAAGCACGGCUCCUCCUUCACCUCCAUGUACCAGGACUUUGACGUGCACAUCCAUCACUACCCCAACGGGAUCGUGACGGUGAACUGCGCGCGGCUGAUCAAGACCGACCAGCACGCCACCAACGGGAUAGUGCACGUGGUGGACCGCGUCAUCACAGCCAUCUCCAACAACGUCCACAGCUUCAUCGAUACCGACGACGACCUGGAGACGCUGCGCACGGCCUUGGCAGCUGCAGGGAUGACCAGCAUGCUGGAGAGUGAGGGCCAGUACACGUUGUUCGCCCCGACCAACGAAGCCUUUGAGAAGAUCCCCCCAGACACCCUGAACCGCAUCCUGGGAGACCCCGUGGCUCUGAGAGACCUGCUCAACUACCACAUCCUCAAGCACAUGCAGUGCGCCGAGUCCAUCGUCACGGGCAUGCCCAUGGAGACCAUGCAGGGCACGGUGCUGGAGGUGGGCUGCGACGGAGAUCACAUGACCCUCAACGGCAAAGCCAUCAUCACCAAGACCGACCAGCUGGGGACCAACGGCGUCAUCCACUACAUCAACGAGCUGCUCAUCCCCGACUCAGCUAAGACCCUGUUGGAGCUGAUGGAGGGCUCCACAGUGACCAAGGCCCAGCAGAUGUUUGUGGACGCCGGCCUGGGACCCCUUCUGUCUGGGAGCGAGGCCCUGACCGUGCUGGCCCCCCAGGACGAUGCCUUCAAAGGGAGCAUGACGAUGGACGGAGAGAUGAGGAAGUUGAUGAACAACCAUCUCCUGAAGACCCAGCUGAGCUCCAAGUCUCUCUACCACGGACAGGAGCUGGACACCCUAGGAGGGCUCAAGCUCAGGGUGUUCGUGUACCGCAACAACCUAUGCGUUGAGAACGCCUGCAUCGCAGCCCACGACAAGAUGGGCCGCUUCGCCAGCAUGUUGACUGUGGACAAGGUCCUCACCCCACCAACUGGAACCAUCAUGGAUGUCCUGAAGGCAGACGACCGGUUCAGUCUGCUGACAGGGGCCCUCCAGACUGCUGGUAUGACGGAGCUGAUGAACCAACAGAAACUGCUGACCGUCUUUGCUCCUACCAACGACGCUUUCAACACCAUUCCCAGACCUGAGCUCAACAGACUCCUGCAAAACAGCCAGGGGCUGAGCCGGCUGCUGAGGUUCCAUAUGGGGGACGGCAUGCUGGUGAGCGGGGGAGUGACGUCCCACACCAGAAUGCAGCCGCUGCUGGGAGAGAGGCUGGAGAUGGGAAUGCGUAACUACACGGUGUACGUAAACCGGGUGCCCGUGGUGGAGGCGGAUCUGAUGGCCACCAACGGAGUCGUCCACGCGGUCGACUCCAUCGUCAAACCCCUCCCCCCUAGGGUAGAACGAGCUCAAUCGGACGGGCCUGCACCACGGGUCAGAUCGGCUUCGUCCAGAGUCAGGAAGGCUUCGGUCUCCCGAGGCUUCAAGAACGAGGACCUCUUCCAGAAGGUGAUGAACAGUCGCUCCAGCAGAACGAUGACGCAAAGACAGUAGAAUCUGAAAUAAGAGAAAUAGCGUCCCCUGCCCCCAAACAGCUGAACUGCACCCCAACCACCACCAACAAUUUCGUCCUAACCACCAAUAUAGGGAAAUCAAGUCGUAAAUAUUCGUGAACUAGACGUCUUCUAUAACCCUGCAUGUGGUUAACGUAUGGAAUAAGGGCUUGUUUAUAAAUUAGAAAAUUGCAAAAUGACGCUUAAUAAAUGUUUUCAUUUAUUGUUAGCCAAAUCAGGGAAAAUAGCUAUGACCAAACAAUAGCCAUCAAAAUAAGUUUUUAAUAGCCUAUCUUAAAAGUGUAAAUCGAGAAAGUCUUUUUUAUAAAGCAUUGUAUUUAGCAUGUUUGCAUGGUUUAAGUUUAGACUAUUGAAAAGAGUUAAGAAGAAAAAUGUAGCUUGUGGUUUUCAUGUAGUUCCUAAGUUUCUUUUAUUUGAUACAGCUGAUGAUUUCACUCUUCCAUGCACAUGUUCUACUCAUCUGUAAAAUACUGUCACUGAAAUAUCUAUGUGUGUAUGACCUCGCACAGAAUAUCAAUAUGCAAUUCUGAUUAAAAACGGCAAUUUUGUA